AUGUCUUUCACGGAGUAUUCGAAAGAGCUAGAAGCAUUUAUCGCGAAACAAAAACGAUUGCUAGAGUUGGAUAAAGAACGCAUUAAAAGUGUGCCUCAGCAUGGACCGAAUCAACAGCAACAUUCUACACCACCGAAAGAACCACGCAAUGUUGAUGACAGGGAAUUGCUAACAGCUCAAAGCUUCCCUUCCAAUGAUAAGCAUUCCAAGGAGAAGGUCAACUCACAAAUAAGUAGAAAAACCAACAUCGUAAAAGAAGAAGAUGCCGGUUCGCGGGUGAGAACUCCUCGUGAACAAACAGCAGCAGGAAGCGCGAUCGAUUCGACAAAUAUUGACGCUCCGCAGGAUGAUGUGGUUAACCUAUCAUCGACAUCUAUCGAAGGACCAUCAACAGUUUCAUCAGCACAUCGUUCGAAACAAAUGUCGCCGCAACAGGAUGAAAUGGAACAGUGGGUCUCGGAUACGUUCUUUUCGUACUUUCCGAGUUUCAACAAAAAGCAAAAGGAACAGAAAACCGUCCUAUCCCGUACGCGCCAGCAGGAAUAUCAAGAGUAUUUGAAAAAUAUUCCGGAAGUGACGACCAAACACCAGCAGUACAUGCAGAAGUACGGCACCGGUAAGCCACCGGGAACGGAAGCGACGACCAAUGAGAAGGGAACUGGCACAACCAGCCCACCGCCUGCCGGUGGCGGCCAGCCGCAGGUCCGGUUCGGCAAGUCACUGGUGGCGGAAGCGAAUGCAAACUUCCGCAAAGGUAGCCCGCGUGAGAAGUUGAUCCAAGAUUUAGCUCAUACUGAUCUGCCUACCAUUCUUAACACAGACACUAUCGAUCGCAGGAACAGGAUGUUGGCCGAUGAGGAAAGUCGCCGUAAGAUGGAAUAUCAGAAGGAGCUCAUCAAGCAGAUCGAGGAAAAGCGAAAGGAGGUCGAACGUUUGCGCGAGAAGGAAAAGCUCGAGGAGGAAAUGUUGACCAGCCGUUUGGAACAACAGCUGAAAACGAUGCAGCUAGAGGAACAACUGGAACACGAACGAUUGCGCAGUGAGAAGGUGCGAAUCGCCACGGAACAGAAUCACAUACGGCGACUCCAGCUUUUGGCAAACCUCGAGAACGAUCACAAACUGUUCAAUCCAUACGAUGGACAGCGGAAAGCAUUUUCGGAAAACGGUGCAAAAGUGGAACCACCGGCAACAUCCAGCACGGCACACGUUCCCCACCCGAAGGGCGGUGGAUCCUUUUCUUCCGGUGACGAACGUUCGAAGGUGUACCGGUAUUUCAGCAACUCUGCGCAACAAGAUAAACAGAACCAUUUUGUGUCCGUUGGAGCGGCCUCUUCAUCGACGUUAUCCUCCGAGCAGGAUUAUGAAUCUUCCAGCGAAACAACGAACAAUUCGUUGACGGCCGAACAUCGGUAUCAGUACUGUAAAAGUUGCCGAGCUGAUAUCGAUCGUUCGUUUCUUCCACCGCAACCGGCCGUUGGAUCCAGAGGUAUGGAGCAUACAAAGCAAAAGCGACAGCAUUGUGCAAAGUGCGGUUGUAAACGAUUGACCGGACAGACGAAUGUGAGCAGAAAGGACGAUCAUAUUGUGCGCUGUAUGAAGUGUGAUCGAUCCAUGAAACGGCCGCAAGGUUCGAAAGGAUUAGUUGCGCUAUGUGCUGUUUGCACACUCACGACGGAUGCAGAUCGGAAGAACAUGGUACAUCAAAAGGUCCACCAGGAAAAACGAUCCACGCGUAAUGCGCGGCACUAUUCGACGAUCGUUGAUGAUGACGAUGAGGUUCAAAUACAUCAGGCGCCCGUAUCGCCCAAAAACAAUCCGUACAAAAUCCUCGACAUUCAGUACCACGAAAGUGACAACGAUAAUGGUGAUCUGGACGUGCUGAAUCCGGUGAUCGUACGGAACAACUACCGCAAACCACCGUAUUCGCUCAACAUCGAGAAGGAUUCGCUGUUCCAUCCGAGUAAGAAAACGCCCGAACCUGUUCUAUCGGUAAACAUUCGCAACGGGGAAGUGUUUGUGGACAAUAAAAUGCGGGCCAGUGGUGUUGGUGGGUCUACACGUCCCCCUGCUAGCCCGUCCGAUGUGGACGAAGGUCAUCGAGACGAUGAGACAUCGUCAGCAACCGUUGGGGAUGAUAUGCUGGACGAGCGGAUUGCCAAGUACGUUCGACACUACAACACGCUUUGGAUGAAGCGUGGCAAUAGUAGAAAGAACAAUGCGCAUCCCAACCAUCAUCACCAGCAACACCAUCACGAUGGGAUGAAAGGUAGCAAAUCCGGUACACUGCUUCCAUCACUUUCGCCACCGAAAGUGUACGUUAGUGAUCGGCCGGAAAACCUCAAGAGUGACGCCCUGAAGCUUAUGGAGAAGAAAUGGGAGGUACCGGCUGUAGAACGAACAAAAGUGAACGAAAAAGGAUCGACCCGGGUCUUGACACAGCUCGGUGCCAUUCGGAAACAGUUACAGCUGGAACAGCUUCAAAUGGAUGACCCAUCAUCGUAUGGAAAAAAAUACUAG